GCGGGGAGGAGACUCGAGCUCCCGCCGACCAACACCACCCCCGCGCCACGGCCCUGCUCCUCUGCGCCCUCGCCGCCCUGAGAGCCGCAGCCCUCCGCUUCCACUCCCGGCCCGGCGCUGUCCCCGGCGCCCGACGCCCGCCCGCCGUGCCGCGCUCGCGGUGUCCGGAACGGCCCUGGUGGAGAGGCGCGUCCUCGCGAUCCUUCUGCUCCCGCAGCCCAGUCCCCGGUUUGGGCCUCUCCUGGGAGCCCCUCGCCCUCUCCGAGCCGGCCCGCCCUCGCGUCCGCCUCGGCGCUGAGCGGCGCUCCGAGUGCCCGCCAACAUGAGCUGCAACGGAGGCUCCGACCCGCGGAUCAACACGCUGGGCCGCAUGACCCGCGCCGAGUCCGGCCCCGACCUGCGCUACGAGAUGACCUGCGGCGGGGGCGGCGGGGGUGGUGGCGGCAGCAGCGGCGGCGGGGGCACCAGCAGGAUGUACUACUCCCGGCGCUGCACGGUCACCGACCAGAACUCGGACGGCUACUGUCAAACUGGAACGAUGUCCAGGCAGAACCAGAACACCAUCCAGGAGCUUCUGCAGAACUGCUCGGAUUGUUUGAUGCGGGCCGAGCUGAUCGUGCAGCCAGAACUGAAGUAUGGAGAUGGGAUACAGCUGGCUCAGAGCAGAGAACUGGAUGAGUGUUUUGCCCAGGCCAAUGAUCACAUGGAAAUUACCGACAGCUUGAUUAGAGAGAUGCGGCAGAUGGGCCAGCCCUGUGAUGCUUAUCAGAAAAGACUGCUGCAGCUCCAGGAGCAAAUGCGAGCCCUUUACAAAGCCAUCAGUGUCCCUCGAGUCCGAAGGGCCAGCUCCAAGGGAGGUGGAGGGUACACCUGCCAGAGCGGCUCCGGGGGAGAUGAGUUCACCAAGCGCCUCACCAGCGAAUGUCUGGGGUGGAUGCAGAAGCAGAGGGCGGAGAUGGACAUGAUCACGUGGGGCGUGGACCUGGCCUCUGUGGAGCAGCACAUCAGCAGUCACAGGACCAUCCACAAUGCCAUCGGGGAGUACCGCUGGCAGCUGGACAAGAUUAAAGCCGACCUGCGUGAGAAAUCUGCAAUCUACCAGUUGGAGGAGGAGUAUGAAAACCUGCUGAAAACGUCCUUUGAGAGGAUGGACCACCUGCGACAGCUGCAGAGCAUCAUUCAGGCCGCGUCCCAAGAGAUCAUGUGGAUCAAUGAUUGUGAGGAGGAGGAGCUGCUGUACGACUGGAGCGACAGGAACACCAACAUCGCUCAGAAGCAGGAGGCCUUCUCUAUACGCAUGAGUCAGCUGGAAGUUAAGGAAAAAGAGCUCAAUAAGCUUAAACAAGAAAGUGACCAACUUGUCCUCAGUCAGCAUCCAGCUUCAGACAAAAUUGAGGCAUAUAUGGAUACUCUCCAGACACAGUGGAGCUGGAUUCUUCAGAUCACCAAAUGCAUUGAUGUUCAUCUCAAAGAAAAUGCUGCCUACUUUCAGUUUUUUGAAGAGGCCCAGUCGACGGAAGCCUACCUGAAGGGCCUCCAAGACUGCGUCAGGAAGAAGUACCUGUGUGACAAGAGCAUGCCCCUGCAGCAUCUGCUGGAGCAGAUCAAGGUGCUGGAGAAAGAAUGGGAGACAAUCCUUGAAAACAGGCGCCAGGUGCAGAGCUUGGUAAACAAGUCCAAGAGGAUUGUGCAGCUGAAACCGCGGAACCCGGACUACAGAAGCAAUAAACUCAUUAUUGUCAGGGCUCUCUGUGACUACAAGCAGGACCAGAAGAUCGUCCACAAAGGGGACGAGUGUAUCCUGAAGGACAAUAACGAACGGAGCAAGUGGCUCGUGACUGGCCCGGGGGGCGUGGACAUGCUCGUGCCCUCCGUCGGCCUCAUCAUUCCUCCGCCCAACCCUCUGGCCGUGGACCUCUCAAGCAAGAUCGAGCAGUACUAUGAAGCCAUCCUGGCCCUGUGGAACCAGCUCUACAUCAACAUGAAGAGCCUGGUGUCCUGGCACUACUGCAUGAUCGACAUCGAGAAGAUCAAGGCCAUGACCAUCGCCAAGCUGAAAACGAUGCGGCUGGAAGAUUACACGAAGACAAUAUCUGACCUCGAGUUACGUUACCAAGACUUCAUCAGAGACAGCCAAGGCUCAGAGAUGUUUGGAGAUGAUGACAAGAGGAAAAUACAGACCCAGUUCACGGACGCCCAGAAACACUACCAGACCCUGGUCGUACAGCUCCCCAGCUACCCCCAGCACCAGACAGUAACCGCAACUGAAAUCACUCAUCUCGGUUCCUGCCAUAAUAAAGUAAUUGAAACCAACAGAGAAAAUGACAAGCAGGAAACGUGGCUGCUGAUGGAGCUCCAGAAGAUUCGGAGGCAGAUGGAGCUCUGUGAGAGCGGAAUGACCCUUAAAAACGUCCUUCUGGCAGAUCAGGGGUCUUCGCAGCACAUCACAGCGAAAAUAAACGAGCUAAAGGGCUUACAGAAUGAUUCUCAAACAUUUGCUCAAGUUCUCAACCAGCUGAAGGACAUGCUAGCUAACUUCAGAGGUUCGGAAAAAUAUUGCUAUCUGCAGAAUGAGGUAUUUGGAUUGUUUCAGAAACUGGAAAAUAUCAAUGGCGUUACAGACGGCUACUUAAAUAGCUUGUGCAUGGUGAGAACACUCCUGCAGGCCAUUCUCCAGACAGAAGACAUGCUGAAGGUUUACGAAGCCAGGCUUACUGAAGAGGAGACCGUGUGCCUGGAUCUGGAUAAGGUGGAAGCUUACCGCUGUGGACUGAAGAAAAUUAAAAACGACUUGAACUUGAAGAAGUCCUUGUUGGCCACCAUGAAGACGGAACUGCAGAAAGCCCAGCAGAUCUACUCCCAGACUUCACAGCAGUAUCCACUGUACGACCUGGACCUGGGCAAGUUCAGCGAAAAAGUCACACAGCUGACAGACCGCUGGCAAAGAAUCGAUAAACAGAUAGACUACAGAUUAUGGGACCUGGAGAAACAAAUCAAGCAACUGAGGAAUUACCGUGAUAACUAUCAGACUUUCUGCAAAUGGCUCUGUGAUGCCAAACGCUGCCAGGAUAACUUAGAAUCCAUGAAGUUUGGAGAUUCCAACAUGGUCAUGCGAUUUUUGAACGAGCAGAAGAACUUGCACAGUGAUAUAAGUGGCAAACGAGACAAAUCAGAAGAAGUACAAAAAAUUGCCGAACUUUGUGCAAAUUCAAUUAAGGAUUAUGAACUACACCUGGCAUCAUACGCCUCAGGACUGGAAACUCUACUGAGCAUACCUGUCAAGAGAACCAUCGUGCAGUCUCCUUCUGCGAUGAUUCUGCAAGAGGCUGCAGAUAUGCAUGCUCGGUACAUAGAACUUCUUACAAGGUCUGGAGACUAUUACAGAUUCUUAAGUGAGAUGCUGAAGAGUUUGGAAGAUCUGAAGCUGAAAAAUACCAAGAUCGAAGUUUUGGAAGAGGAGCUCAGGCUGGCCCGAGACGCCAACUCUGAAAACUGCAGUAAGAACAAAUUACUGGAUCAGAACCUGCAGAAAUACCAGGCGGAGUGUUCCCAGUUCAAAGCAAAGCUCGUGAGCCUGGAGGAGCUGAAGAGACAGGCUGAGCUGGAUGGCAAGUCAGCCAAGCAAAAUCUAGACAAGUGCUACAGCCAAAUCAAAGAGCUCAAUGAGAAGAUCACCCGGCUGACUUACGAGAUUGAGCAUGAAAAGCGAAGCAGAAAAACCGUGGAAGACAGGUUUGAUCAACAGAAGAACGACUAUGACCAGCUGCAGAAGGCGAGGCAGAGCGAGAAGGAGAGCCUUGGCUGGCAGAAAAUAGAGUCUGAGAAAGCCAUCAAGGAGAAGGAGUUCGAGAUAGAGAGGUUGAGGGCUCUUCUGCAGGAGGAGAGCACCCGGAAGAGAGAAUAUGAAAAUGAGCUGGCAAAGGUAAGAAACCAGUAUAGUGAGGAGAUGAGUAAUUUAAGGAACAAGUACGAAACAGAGAUUAACAUCACAAAGACUACCAUCAAGGAGAUAUCCAUGCAAAAAGAGGAUGAUUCCAAAAACCUCCGAAACCAGCUCGAUAGAUUCUCGAAGGAGAAUCGCGACCUGAAGGAUGAGAUUGUCCGGCUCACCAAUAGCAUCCUGCAGAUCACGGAGGAGCGGAGGCGGGCCGAAGAGGCUGCCCUGCAGCAGAAGGCCUGUGGCUCCGAGAUGCUGCAGGAGAAGCAGCAUCUGGAAAUGGAGCUGAAGCAGGUCAUCCAGCAGCGCUCCGAGGACAACGCCAGGCACAAGCAGUCCCUGGAAGAGGCUGCCAAGACCAUCCAGGACAAAAACCAGGAGAUCGAAAGACUCAAAGCUGAGUUUCAGGAGGAGGCCAAGCGCCGCCGGGAAUAUGAGAAUGAACUGGCUAAGGUAAGGAACAAUUACGAUGAAGAACUCAUUAGCUUGAAGAACCAGUUCGAGACGGAGAUCACCAUCACCAAGACGACCAUCCAGCAGCUCACCCUGCAGAAGGAGGAGGACACCAGCGGCUACCGAGCCCAGAUAGACAACCUCACCAGGGAAAACCGGAGCCUCUCGGAAGAAGUAACAAAGCUGAAGAACGCUCUAGCCCAGACCACGGAGAACCUCAGGAGGGUCGAAGAGAGUGUCCAACAGCAAAAGGCCGCGGGCUCGGAGAUGUCGCAGCGGAAACAGCAGCUGGAGGUGGAGCUGACGCAGGUCAUGCAGGUGCGGAUGGAAGAGAGCACACGGUACAGGCAGUCUCUGGAUGAUGCCGCCAAGACGAUCCAGGAUAGAAACACGGAGAUAGAGAGGCUGAAGCAGCUGACAGAGACGGAAGCAAAGCAGCGCAAGUGUCUGGAGGAUGAAAACGCCAAAUUGCAGAGGGCGCAGUGCGAGCUGCAGAAGGCCUACAGCAGCGCCAUGGAGACGGUCAGCAAACUGAAGGCGCAGGAGCAGGAACUGAUGUGCCUGAGGCUGGACUACGAACGGGUGGCCCAGGAGCGGACCCUCCGGGAGCAGGACGCAGCCCGCCUCCAGAGCUCUCUGAAGGAGCUCCAGCCGCAGAGGCAGAGACUGCAGGAGGAGCUGACGCGGCUCAAGAGGGCGGCCUCCGAGGACUCCUUUAGGAGGAAGAAGCUGGACGAGGAGCUGGAGACCCUGCGGAGGGCCCGGAAGGAGCAGGCGGUAAAGGUCACCAGCCUGACCCAGCAGCUGGAGCAGGCGUCCGUCGCCAGAAAGAGGAGCGAGGACGCGCUGGACGGCCACCUGCGGGAGAAGCAGAGGGCCCAGGACGAGCUGCGCAGGCUGGCCUCCGACGUCGAGGCCCUGCGGCGGCAGCUGUCGCAGGAGCAGGAGAGCGCCAGGGAGGCGCAGGCACGGAGCGAGCACUUCCAGAAGGCCGUCGAGGACAAGAGCAGGAGCCUGAACGAGAGCAAGAUCGAAAUCGAGAGGCUGCAGUCGCUGACCGAGAGCCUCACCAAGGAGCACCUGCUGCUUGAGGGGGAGCUGCGGAGCCUCCGGCUGGAGUGCGAUGACCUCCGGCAGAGCCGCAGCGAGGCUGAGCACGACAAAAACGCCACCAUCUCGGAGCUGCGGAGCCAGCUGCAGAUCAGCAAUGCCCGGACCCUGGAGCUGCAGGGCCUGAUCAGUGAUUUACAAAGGGAGAGGGGAAGUUUGAGACAGGAAAUUGAGAAAUUCCAAAAGCAGGCAUUAGAGGCAUCUAAUAGGAUUCAGGAAUCCAAGAAUCAGUGCUCUCAGGUGGUGCAGGAGAGAGAGAGCCUCCUGGUGAAAAUCAAAGUUCUGGAGCAAGACAAGGCCAGGCUGCAGAGGCUGGAGGAUGAGCUGAAUCGCGCCAAAGUGACCCUCGAGGCAGAAAGCAGGGUGAAGCAGCGCCUGGAGUGUGAGAAACAGCAGAUCCAGAAUGACCUGAACCAGCUCACCUCUUCCAGCGGCCAGUGA